AUGAGCGCCGCUGCCCAGGCCCCGGAGCCGGAGCCGCAGGAGGGGGGCCCGGGCCCCGGCCCCGGCCCCGGCCCCGGCCCCGGCGCGGCGCGGGCGGGCAGCCCCCAGGAGGAGUUCGACUUCUCCAUCCUCUUCGACUACGACUACCUGAAGCCGAUUGAAGAAGAACCGACUCCACAUAAAACCAACAGCCCACCCUCUGGAGUUACAUACGCUCAUGAUGUCUUGGACUGUGGCCUCAAGCCAUGCCCCCUGGCUUUUUCUAGCCUUUCUGCAGAUCCCAUGGGCAGAUAUGGACAGCCAGAUAGCAUAGGGACAACACCUACGCACCCUGCAAACGCUGCAGGGGCCUCUGCUCCAAGCCCUAGGAUUGAAAUUACUCCAUAUCAUGAACUGAUUCAUUCAGGGGGUCCCUUCCGCAGCAGAGACACAGAUCUUUUGGUAGAACAUCAGUCAAACUCAGCUACCACUAGCCCCAGGGUUACCUUGCCUGUCCCUGGCUUUGAGGGCUACAGAGAACCGCUGUGUUUGAGCCCAGCUAGUAGCGGCUCAUCUGCAAGUUUCAUUUCAGAGACAAAUUUCUCUCCUUACACAUCACCAUGUGUUUCACCAAAUAAUGGUCCUAGUGAUGACCUUUGUCCACAGUUUCAAAACAUCCAUACUCAUUAUUCUCCUAGAACCUCUCCAAUAAUGUCACCACGAACAAGCAUCACGGAGGAAACCUGCUUGGGACAACAUUCACCAUCACCCCGUCCCAACUCAAGGUCUUCAUCACCAGGUGCAAAACGGAGGUACUCUUGCACUGAGCUCUACAAUACUCAGCCACCUUCCACUUCUCCACGACAGUCAAGGACCCCCUCUCCACAAUCCUCUCCUCGCAUCCCUUUGAGAGAAGACAGCUCUUCACUUACUUACACGCAGUUGCCCAGUGCUUCUAUUUCCAUGGAUGCUAUGAACAGCCUUCCUACAGAUCCUUCUUGUGGUGUUCCCACAAAAAUCUGGAAAACCAGCCCUGAUCCUUCGUCGAUGCCUUCCCACAAAAACAGCAUUCCAUGUCACGUCUUUCAGACUGUUGACUUCCAUGGGCCUUGUGAGCAGGAGGACAGGAGAAACUCAGCCCCAGAAUCAAUCUUAUUGGUACCUCCAUCUUGGACAAAGCAACUGAUGCCUGCAAUACCUCUUUGCAGCUUGCCCGUGCAGUCGCUCCCGCCGCUCGAGUGGCCGCUCUCCAGCCAGUCUGGCUCUUACGAGUUACGGAUCGAAGUGCAGCCGAAGCCCCACCACCGUGCGCACUAUGAGACGGAGGGAAGUCGGGGGGCAGUCAAGGCACCAACCGGAGGUCACCCCGUCGUCCAGCUUCAUGGCUACAUGGAGAACAAACCCUUGGGUCUUCAGAUCUUCAUUGGGACAGCAGACGAACGGAUACUUAAACCUCAUGCAUUCUAUCAAGUCCAUCGCAUUACGGGAAAAACUGUCACCACCACCAGCUAUGAAAAAAUCAUUGGCAACACCAAAGUUUUAGAGAUCCCAUUGGAACCCAAAAACAACAUGAAAGCAACCAUUGACUGUGCGGGGAUUUUGAAGCUGAGGAACGCGGACAUCGAGCUGCGUAAGGGAGAGACAGACAUCGGCCGGAAGAACACCCGUGUUCGGCUCGUCUUCCGCGUGCACAUCCCAGAGUCCAAUGGCAGAAUCAUUUCCCUGCAAGCAGCAUCUAACCCCAUCGAGUGCUCCCAAAGAUCUGCUCAUGAACUUCCAAUGGUUGAAAGACAAGAUAUUGAUAGCUGCCUUGUUUAUGGAGGACAACAGAUGAUCCUGACUGGACAAAAUUUCACAGCAGAGUCCAAGGUGGUGUUCACGGAGAAAACUUCAGAUGGGCAGCAGAUCUGGGAAAUGGAGGCAACAGUGGAUAAAGAUAAGAGCCAGCCUAGCAUGCUUUUUGUAGAAAUACCAGAAUACCGUAACAAGCACAUCCGCACACCUGUGAAGGUGAAUUUCUAUGUCAUCAAUGGGAAAAGAAAAAGAAGCCAACCCCAGCAUUUUACCUACCACCCAGUACCAUCAAUCAAAACAGAGCCCAUUGAUGACUAUGAUCCAGCCUUAAUCUGCAAUACAGUACACAGUGGUCUGGGAACAGUAACACAGCCUUACUAUUCACAGCACACAAUGGUCACCGAGUCCCCUUCCUGUCUUGUGGCCACUAUGGCCCCCUGCCAGCAGUUGCGCUCAGGCCUUUCUUCUCCCGAUUCUCGAUACCAUCAGCAGAAUCCAGCCGCUGUAAUAUACCAAAGAAGCAAGAGCCUUAGCCCUAGCCAACUGGGCUACCAGCAGUCCAGUUUGAUGGCUACACCGGUCGCUAUUUCAGAUGCCCAUAGGUCAGUGCUGGUGCACGCUGGUUCCCCAGGCCAAACUUCGGCGGUGCUCCAUCAUUCUCCAAGCAACCAGCAAUCUUCUCCUGUGAUCCACUAUUCUCCAACUAACCAGCAGCUGAGAUGUGGAAGUCACCAAGAAUUUCAGCACAUCAUGUGCUGUGAAAAUUUUACAUCCAACGUUGCGAGAUCCAGCCAGCCCCAAGUCAGUCAAGCACAAAGGUUAAGUCCAAGUCCGUAUCCUAGUGUGAUUCAGCAGCAGACAGCCUCAGGCCAGCGAGCAGCAAAAAAUGGACCACCAGUUAACGACCAGAAAGAAGUGUUACCAGCUGGAGUUACUAUUAAACAGGAACAGAAUCUGGACCAAGCAUAUCUGGAUGAUGUAAAUGAAAUUAUCAGGAAGGAAUUUUCUGGACUCCCUGCCAGAAGUCAGACAUAGAAGCAGAGAUUUGCGAGACAACUUUUACCAACUCCUUCCAUAACUGACCUCCUAGAUCCUUCCAGUGCCCCUGCAACCUCCUGCUUCCUUAACUGUUCAUCUCAAGGCACCAAUUCAAUGCAAGGAACAAUGUAUUGGCAUCAAGCUGACAGCCUUGACUAAGCAACUCGCCACCUCUCUCUGUAAACAUCGCAAAGGACACCCUUCCUUUAGUCCAAAGAUCGUAUUGUUCUCAUAUAACAGAGCAUCUGUCUGAGGAAACUCUUCAAGCCUGCUGCAAAAUAUCUAUCUAUGUAUCGAUGUAUCUUAGCAAUAAGGGAGAAGUAAGAUGUCACUCCUGAACACCGCACAAAGCAAGGGAGGUUAUAUGUUAAUGCUUUUUUGGGUGGGGUGGGAAACGAGAGAAGAAAGAGUAAUAUAUUCCGUAAAAGAAUAAAAACGUUUUGCAGUUUGCUAACAAUGACUUGCCCUCCAGGUCUCAAAGCCCUUUUGAAAAAUUUUAUUGUUGUAGGAAACUGAGGCAGCCCAAGCUUGCGCGGCUUUUGGCCAACCUGGGAUCAAAACUCAUUUUCUCUGACUGAGCACUGUGAUCAGUAUUUCAAACAGCAGCUGUCAACUGAAUUCAGAAGUUUUCACUUUUCUGGAUAGGAAUUUGAAGGAGAAGGAUAUUCAAAGACAGCUAGUAAAAAGAACAAUCCAGCAAUUCUCAAGUUAAAAUAAACCCUGAUAAAACAGAGAUUAAUAUAUAGGAGUCACAGUAACCUAAGCACUGUUAUGCCUUGCCAAAGAUUUUUAUGAUUGAUCCUUACUAACACUGAGGCAGUACAUGAACACCUCUUAGAUGUUUUCUCUCUAAUGAAUUGUUACUGUUUCUUUCCAUAUAGGAGCUGCUAUUGGCUUGUAACUUGUCUCCUAUAGCAGUUGUAGCAUUUAACCACACAAGCUGCAGUGGAAAAAUAAUUGCAUCUCGCAGAAGCCAUAUUUUCUAAGUGAACACAUACACCUAUUUAUACUUCUUUAGCUUUGCAAAGCCACCAGAUUUCUGGAAAGGUUAAAUUUCCAUGUGAGUUAGUGUGUUAGUCAAUUAUGUUUUGCUUCAGGUGUUUGAAUAUGCUUAUCACAGUAAGAGAUUGCCUCUGCCAUUUACAGUUGUACUCCUCGUGUGUCAUUGCUACCAUGGUGUGAUAAGAAAGCAUAAUGAGUGUGUAAUCAACAUACAGUAAGAGGUAGCCGUAAUAUUGUAGGAAAUAGGUAGUAAUCAUCUUCUCUGUUUUUGUAAAUGAGGAACACUGAUAUUGUUAUGGGUGUGGAGCUAGAGGUCUGUUCUAGAAAACACAGUUAAAUGAGCCUGUUCUCAAUUGUUUUAAAGUAAACUUUGCUGAAUACCUACAUGUCCACAUGUUCAUGGCAGGAAUUAGGUGGUGGGAAUACAGCAGGUCAGCAGAGCAUUUGGGUAAGUUGUUUCCCAUCUCUGCAAGACAGAUAAUUGCAUAAACCCUUUAGAAUAUGUGCUAGGUUCAACAAAAAUAUUCUCAGGGGUAUUGAGAAAAAUAUAUUUCCUGUCACCAAAAGCCAGCACUUAGCCUAUGCAAGGUGUUAUGUUUUAGAGCAAGAAAUAGAAACAUUUUGCUUCUUAGAAUGUCUCAUCCAGGCCUCUGUUAUGGGCCUGAUCUUGAAUUUUAACCUGAAAUCUGAAUUUUGCAAGAGCAGCUCUGGAUUCAGCCAAGUCUCAAUCCAUGACCAGAGCAGAGGACUGUAGCCUGAGCCCUUCUGAAGAUCCAGGGCAUGACAUGGUCUUCAGAGUUUGUUGCCUUUUCCUCAGAAGUGCUGCUUAGACAUGCAGGCAGUGCUGGAGUGGUACGGAGACGGGUAGCACACCAUCCAUCUGGAAGAUGUUAGCCCCUUGCAAAAUUAAAAUCCUUUGUCACGGAAUGAUUCCCCUGUAUCCCCUUUCAGCAACACUGAAAAGGCUCUGGCCAUGGAUGCUUCGCUCUGGGACUCAUGCUGUGAGUUACAUGUGAUGCAUCAUCAAAAGCAUAAAUGUAUCCAAGUCUCAGCUUUUUACCUGUAGAGGUGAGUGGCCUUUUUUUUUUUUUCUACUGACUUUUACAAGAACAAAACUGAGGCUUGGAUUAGUUGAAAUAGCUUCUGCACAGUGAAAUUAUUGAUUGUUAAACAGUGCUUAUACUGGUCUAGUACUUCGAUUGCUCACAUGCCUCCAACAAGUGAUCUUGAGUUGUUUUAAAACCGCUAUAUGUCAGAAUGUGCCAUACAUCAUGGAUUUUUUAAUGCAUUUUGAAGUUCUGGACAAUUCUGAAAAAUUAUUAUGGACAAAAUUUGCCUGUCCGAAGUUCUUUAUAGCAAUUGAGCAAAAGAACAAGCCAAAUGUGUGUCUUUUAGUUUCACAGAAUUCAUGCUUGGAGCUACUGAAAAUGACCAUCUAGUUUUCCCCCUGUAACCUAUAAGAUAUAGGAGUAUUUAAAAAAAUAAUGAUAAUAACAGAACCAAAAUCCUAAAUUAACUGACAGAAACUUUCCUCUUGCUGGAUUUUAAAUAGAAUACCAAAGAAGAAUGUCAGCUUAUUUGCAGAUCUGUUGACAAACUUAUAUUGUCUAAAAAUAUUGCUAGUUAUUUGAUGAUGAAUAGCAACUGGCUUUCAAUAUUUCAAUAUUUCUCUUUAUGCAGAUGAAUGUCUCAUCUCUAAGUGGGAUGACCGCACAUGCAAAUCCACUAGCAAUCUGCCACCAGGCACGUGCAAUUACAAUAUGCAUGUUCAUGAUGGGGCCUGAUUUUUUUAUUUUUUGCCACUGUCCCCUGCUGAUCAUUUGAACAUCCUACAUCAUUUCUCCCUUCUUAGUAUGAGGCAUACCUGUAUAAAGCAGGCAGGAAAAGUACAGACUCAGAGUGAAGGCUUUUGAGCCUUCAAAUGGGUUCAUGCAGGCAAGUCCAUGAGGCCCUGCCGGGCUCUGCUGAAGAUGCCUUGCAGGAUGCACCCAUUAAACAUGCUCCCUUUAACAGAAAGAUAAGAUUUCCACAGCUCUUAUGUGUUCUUUCAGGCACUUUGCCGUAGAGAGAGAGGGAGAGGAUUUUUUUAUGAUGUGCUACAAAUAGUGUCCUUGUUCUUGCAUUAGUUGUAUUUCCUCCUAAUUUUUAAGGCAUAGAUGUUAAUCUGUAUGUGUGUUUGUGC